AGGACUCGCCCGCCACUGCGUCCCCGGUACCCUCGUGGAGGUGCAAAGACUCCCUGACCACGGGCAUCAGGUUCCACGGCGGCGGAAGUGCCAGCUGCAGGGAGCUGUACAACUACUGCAACCACAAGACCCUGGACGCCCACAUCAGGGCCAGGUGCCCGAUGACCUGCGGUGCCUGCACCCCCUUCCUCGUGAAGCAGGUCAGCAACUCGUCCGACAGCUCGUCCCGCAGUUCAGCACCCUCUGGACCCUGUGAGGACGAUGCUGCGGACCACGUGCCAGUGCUCUUCAUGGGGCGCAAAGUCAUGGACUGCAUCGAUUCCAAGGUCUUCUGCUUCGGGCACCCGAACUCGAAGUACAUCGCGAAGAAGUGCAGGGCGACGUGCGGCGUCUGCGAGGUGGCCGAUGCGGAGCUGGAGGAGGCGGACAAGAUGGAGCCGAUCACCACGACCCUCGCGACCGUCGUGGCGGCCGCGGAGCCGCCGCCUCGGCUUCGAUGGGCCGAGCUGUUCUCGAAGGCGGCGCUGGGGCCUGUGCUCGUCCAGGCGGCGGGACGGCGCGCCAGGAGACCCCGCCGCCGACUCCGCGGACCCGUCCCACGCCGGCCACAAUUGGGAGCCUCAGUAGACGCAAUGCCGCUAGGUCACCUCAGGAGUGUACAGUGGGGGCGCGCAACGAGAAACCACUUGCUCUUCGUUAGGGUAUUCCGAGUUUCUUCGCUCCUCGCGCUGCGCGGUGGCUUCCUGCGGCCGUUGACGGAGCUGCUGCGUUCAGGGUGCUCCGGGUUUCCCCUCAGGUGCACCUCGCGCACGGGUUCUCAGGGUUGGAUCUCUUGCGAGGGUUUCUUGCGGCCGCGCCCGCACUGUAAUCCUUCGCCCGAGGACCUCGGGCGCGGGGGUGCAGGGGCGCGCCGCCGCGGGCUCCAGUGGAGCGGGGGGCGGGCGCAGUGCCCGCGGCCGCGAGAGGCCGGGAGGCGCAA